AUGGAACUCUUUAAGUCUCCGCGUCCGCAAUUGGGUGAGCUCAAUCUAAGCUCCAACAGCAAGACUGUGGCGGUUAACACUGGCAGCUUGCAUGAUAUGCCGCUCUCGAAAGCUCCUUCGGGAUGUGCAAGAUGUCGCCGAGUAGGCGUUCAGUGUCCGGGCUACGAGUCACAAGGGGCGGAAAAGGCCUCAGAAGAAAUUGACAAAAUUUACAAACGUGCUGGCUUGGAGCGGAGAAAAGCUGGCUCCUGCGAUGAGUGUCGCACUGCCAAAGCAAAAUGUUCACAGACCAAACCUGAUUGCCGAAGAUGUCGGAUGAGGGCGUUAACUUGCACCUAUUCGGGUUCCAAGUCGGGAUCAGAACAAGGAGCUGCGGAUGCAACAGUAUCACCAGAAGGUCCACCAUCCGGGGUGGCAUCAAGAGAUAAUACCUGGCUGCAUCAGUUGACUCUUCCUGAAAAGUGUCAGCUCAAGACCCUAGCGGGAUCCUACUUCAACCACGUACAUCCUCUCCGAAAUCUUGGGUUCAUCCACAAACCCUCUUUCAUGAAGGCGAUCGAUCAGGGCACGACGGUAGCCGAGUAUGGCGAGGCCGUGGUGUACCUUGUCUACUCGUUUGUGGGCGCAGGCGUCGACGGAAACCUAAGCUGGGCCGCAAAUGUGCCAGCUCUGCCCCUCGCCUGCUCAGAGAAGGACUUUAUCUAUCAAGAAAAGUCAAUUCCAGUAUAUGCUGAGGUCGAAAAAUGGAUAACCCCAUGCGACAAAAGCUCGACUUUUCUGCAGCUCUUGAGUCUGCUUGCAGCUUGGUAUGAGAAGCUACCUGACUUUCUCGCCUUCAACGACCUAAACAUUUACAUUCACAAGGAGCAAUACACCCUUGGACCAUACUUCUUCCUUCACCUUGCCUAUCAUGCAUGCGUGUUUGAUCUCACAAGAGUUACGCUCCCCGGCUAUAGCUUCCCCCUAUCUUCUGCGUUCUUCCAAGUUCCCCAGGAUUUCACUCUCAAGUAUCGUCACGAGGCUUGGUACCAUGCUUGCUGCGUCUCAGAGCUGCUGGAAACUGGGCUGGAGUGCGGUACUGGGACCCUGGAUGAUCAUUUUACGUCAACGGCCGCUUUUGAGUCUACCAAGAUUCAAGUAAUUUAUCUUACCACUAUGGCAAGUGGGUCCCCAAGGCUCUACAGCGAAGGUAUGGCCAACAUCAACACCAACCUCAGAGUCCUCACCGAGACCCAUCCAUAUCCAGACAUGCCCAAUGUAUAUGUCAGUUACCUAUGCCGCCUAUCCGCAAUAAUUCCGUUUUUGCAUCGGUUUGGCUUCUCAGAUAUCGCGACCUACUGGCAGCAGUUCCAGAACACGGUCUUGCUCGCCCCGUCGCAAUCAACAGACGACAACUCCGAAGUAGUUGGCCCUGUGGAGACGGCGUUUCUUAACCAGAUCGCAACGUUUCGUCUCGCGCGUCGAGAGAUCACAGAAGACGAACGGAGAACAGGCACAUGCACACCCUGGAGUUUCUCGUCAGCUCCGCCCAGUCCUCGACCCGAACAGUCUAGGCUUGGGCAAACCCUGGGGUCUCCCUCGCAACCGUUUGAUGAGUCAGGUCUUCAUAUGCUCGCACUGGCAGGUCAGUCUCAGAGCGAGGCUGUGGCAAGCCAGCUUACUCCUAUCAUAAUGCCUGGGGCGGUAUCAUCCGCGGAUACAACGCAGGGUCUACUUUUGGACCAGGAACAGUAUUUCCGCAUGGCAGAGGAGAUCAGUGAUUACAUGACAUGGGAUAUUACUCUCGCUUCUCAAUUUGACUUUCCGGUGGAAGACUUCUUCUCCACUCCACGGCAGAUAGAAUGA